CAGCUCAAAUCCCCCACCGGCGAAGCAUCCCCAUUCAAACCCUAGCCUCCUCCCACGUCCAGCUCCGAUGGCCCGCACGAAGCAGACGGCGCGCAAGUCCACCGGCGGCAAGGCCCCCCGCAAGCAGCUGGCGACCAAGGCCGCCCGCAAGUCGGCCCCGGCCACCGGCGGCGUGAAGAAGCCCCACCGCUUCCGCCCCGGCACCGUCGCGCUCCGUGAGAUCCGCAAGUACCAGAAGAGCACGGAGCUGCUCAUCCGCAAGCUCCCCUUCCAGCGCCUCGUCCGCGAGAUCGCGCAGGACUUCAAGACCGACCUGAGGUUCCAGUCCUCCGCCGUCUCCGCCCUCCAGGAGGCCGCCGAGGCGUACCUGGUCGGGCUCUUCGAGGACACCAACCUGUGCGCCAUCCACGCCAAGCGCGUCACCAUCAUGCCCAAGGACAUCCAGCUCGCCCGCCGCAUCCGUGGGGAGCGCGCAUAGGUUUGGCCGUAGCAGUUCGUGUCUUGCGAUCUGGUUGUAAGGAUGUGUGCCGGGUUUCACUGUAGUGUUGAUAUGAUGUUUGGUCUGGUGAGGUCUUCCCUGAUGCUGUGACCCUGAAAUGGAAUCGCGAAUGAAAAGUUCAGUUAUCUUA